CUGUGCAGACAGCAGCUGUCCCAGGCCGUAGUGCUCUCCAGACCUCAGAUCUACCAUGCAGCCUGGGGCAUUCUCCAUCGCUGUCCUCCUGACCCUGCUGCUGGUCAACUUCGCCUGGACAGAGGAGCCGUCGCUGGUCGAUCAGGUCCAGGACUACGUGCAGCAAGUGGCCCAAACAGCCAAGGAGGCGCUGACCACUGCGCAGGAUUUCCAGGCCGCACAGAUAGCCAGGGGCUGGGUCGUCUACGGCUUCGACAACCUUCACGGCUACCUGAGUCUCUUCAAGGACAAGUUCUCCGACCUGUGGGACGAGACCCCCGUGCCCUCUGCACCCCCCACGGUGCCCUCCUUAUAGGGCAAUCCCAAGGGAGGGAAACCACGGUCCGGAGGAACGGAACCAGAGCAGGGUGGUCGAGGCCGGGCCCUUCUCCGGGGCCGAUGAAGCUGAGGUCAUCGGGCUUGGGUCCCAAGGGGGGGUCGGGGGU